CUAACUCUAUGUAUGUUAUCUUGAGUCCAUAGGUUUAAAUUCGUACCAUAUCUAGUACAUGAAUAAAAUAUAAAAUGGUUCGAAAGGCAGUUAGUUUGGAAUAUAUGAAAAGAGAUCCAGUCAAGCACAUCGCGCUUCCACUGGUAAUUGAAUUCUGCUCACAAUUCAUAAUGGCAUUUUGGGGUAUGAUGACAGAAGAACCACAGCGAUCACAUACAAUUGAGGAGAAUGGCAACAGCACUGUUGCUAUCGAAGCACCCGAGAAAGAUUAUAUGAUGUACACAUUCGUACCUGCUUUCCAGACUGGCAUUUCAGUAUGGGUAACAAUAACACUCUUCGCAAAAAUGGAUGCUGCUCCAGCCCAGUUCAAUCCCGCUAUCACGAUGACAUUGGUGGUUGUUGGUACAGUGUCACCAAUACUGUUCAUCCCAAACACUAUUGCUCAAAUGUUGGGCUCACUAUGUGCAGCUUUCAUGUCCCAAGUAAUACGAGGAGCUCCUCCACAAGCUCUUAUCAUUCCUGACGAAGCAAGUUCAUGGAGUAUAUUGGCCAGCGAAAUGAUAUUUGUUGCAAGUUUCACAAUUUUUGCCGCAGAAUUGACGCAAAAUCCUAAAAACGAUGACCCUCUAGGAGCAAUGGGUCUCGCCAUGGCUGUAUUCAUGUCGAUUCUUUCCGGAAAAUGGACAGGAGUCGUUUGUCUAAAUCCCACAAGAGUUUUUGGACCUGCAGUUCUCACAGGGGGAGAUGCAUGGAAUCGGCACUGGUUGAUAUGGAUAGCAGAUCUUUUAGGAUCAGCAGCUGCUGGACUAUUUUGGCUAAUUUUCUUGGCUCCUCUCGAUCGCUCUUUGCUGGGAAGAUUUCGGAAGAAAACAAGACAAUCUCACAAAGAAGAUGUAUUAAUGGAUGAAAUGAAUACUUGAACAACAUUUUAUAAGUGUUAUUCAAAAGAGAAGAUCACUAACUCCAAGUCAAUGAUCCUGCGGGAAUGUUUUUAUGCUUAAAAAAAUUCAUAUAGAUAUAUAUAUAUUAUUAAAAUUUAUUGAUUUA